AUGUCCGCUCAAGAUUACUACAACGGUGGUGGUGGCGGCUACCCCCAGCACCCCCAACCUUCUUACGGUCCUCCUCAAGGUCAAUACGGCCCUCCCCAAGGACAGUAUGGUCCUCCUCAGGGACAGUACGGUCCCCCACAAGGACAAUAUUACGGCCCGCCCCAAGGCCAACCUCCCAUGCAAUACCAACAGGCACCUCCUCAACAGAGCGGUGGAAAGAAGGGCGGCGGCGGCGGUUGCUUGGCUGGUUGCUUGGCCGCCCUGUGCUGUUGCUGCGUUGCUGAAGAAGGAUGUGAAUGCUGGUAA